AUGGCGAGGAAGAUAAGCAAGGAGGAAGUUGUAGAGAAGCUUAAGGACGACGGUGAUUUCGACCGUCUCCGCCUCAAAAUCAUACGCCGCCUCAAGGAUAACGAGGAAUUACGAAACAACAUGAUCUCUAUUGUCAAGGAGUCAACAGCUUUGAAUCGACCGGUUGCUCAAAAUAUGAAAACCAGGCAACUCUCUGAUGCGAUAUUUGAAGAAGUUGGGAGCAAGAUGCUGAGCCAGCUCUCAGAUGGGUUGUGGGGGAUAAUAAGAUCAGAGGAUGGGAUGAAGAACGAAAUCAGAGAAACCGUGCAAUCGGUCUAUGCCACAUUAUCAAACCCGGGAGGCGUUCAAGACAGAUCAUCCACAAGAAUAGCAGCACAUAACAUCCCAACAACAGUCCCGAACGGAGAAACCUCGUCUCGUCCCCGUUUAGACAACGAGCCAGAGGAGCCACCUCGGUCUGGUCAACUGAGUAAACAGAAGCAAGAACUGAUUCAAAGAACUGUAGAAGAAAACAAAGUGAACUACAUUGAUAAUACUGAUGAUGAAGAUCCUGAGCUCCCUCCUGGUUUUGGCUAA